GGCUAGCUAGAUCGAUCAAAGUGACUACAGAAAUUAAUGGGCGGCGGCGGCGGCGACGGCGACGGAGUUACGGUGGUUGGGCGGGCGGAGAUCGACAUGAGGGCACCGUUCCGGUCGGUGAAGGAGGCCGUCGUCCUCUUCGGCGACAGGGUACUGCUCGCCGGCGCCGACGGAGCUGCACAACAGCGGAUUAAUAGGAGUUCUUCCGAUCUUAAGGAUCGAGCUGGGGAAAUGCGACCAUCAUACCACGAGGCCGUCGGCGUGCUCGCCGCCGCGUCGCGCCAGCGCCACACACCGGCCGUCGAGCUGCAGGAGGCGAAGCAGGAGCUGGAGAAGGAGCGGUCGGAGAAGCAGAAGAUGGCCGGCUGCAUCCUGUCCCUGCAGGAGGAGCUCGGCAACGCCAUGAGGGAGCUGAAGAAGCUCAAGGUACGCGGCCAGGACGACGACGGCGGCGAGGCGGCGGCCAAGGUCAUCGACCUGCAGGUGGAGGACCUCAAGUUCGUCGAGAUAGCCAAACAGAACCAACCGGCGAACGCCGCUGACACCGACAGCUCAACGGCGGUGACCAACCGCCCAGACGAGUUCCAGAAGAGGAGGUACGUGACGUUCUCCGACACACCGCCGACGGCAGCGUACCUUGCGCCGCCGCAGGCACCACUGCCGGACGUGGUGAUGGAGCUGCAUCAUCAUCGUCACAGCGCCCCCGCCCCACCGCCGCCGCAGCUCCGGGAGGUGCGGUUCCUGAGGCAGAUGUCAGCCGGGCACGGUACGAUGAAAGCGGCCGCCGAUCAAGAGGGGAGCAAGAAGAAGAAGAAGAAGGCACUGAUUCCUCUGGUUGGAGCGCUCUUCAUGAGGAAGAAAAAGACGAGCUGCUGCCACGACGACUCGAUGCUCAACCCGCGCACCUCCUUUUGAUGAUUGAAUUACUACAAAAUACAUAUAUACAUACAUUAUCUAUACGAUAUAUAUACGCAAGCCAUACAUUGAGCUGUACACGUACACAGUUCAUGCUUAUUUUGAUCAUUGAUAAACUUGAUAUAUAAUUAUAUAUAACAUGCUUAUUUUGUUUGUACACAUGGA